GGUACGCCAUAUCGAGCCGUUCGUCAGCUUAGUGAGGGCAGCCAGCGUGUAGGCGUCAAAGAGUAAGAGCGGAGAUAGGUUUGUCCAGAGAGUGCGGGCGAGACAGUGCAAUUGAAUGAAGGCUGGCGAAUGGGGUGGAGGCCCGUACUAGCUGCUGCUGCUGCUGCUGCUGAGUCCGCGUGGGUGGUGAGCAUGCAAGCAAGAGGCUCUGACUUUCAGUUUUCAGUAGUGCUAGGGUACCGGCCCCACAAAUACGUGCAAUUUGUGUGCAUCUUACAAGCAUCGUGUGCUUUGUGCACUAAGCGUAGUUACUAGUGUCAGUCAUGUUGUGUGUGGUGUCUGCCAUUACUCCUUGUUCAUGCGUGAAUUGUGUUUAUGUGUAAGUGUUACUAAAGUGUGUAUGUGUUUAAAAUUCGUGAGGACUCCAGUCUGCAGUCUACACAGUGGGCGGGCGAGGUUUCCUCCAGAUGGCAGCACUCACCGACCGGAGCCAUAGCAACAGGUGCGGAUAAUUGAUGGCGACGCCAUAAUGCUGCUGCUGCCUUGUGCAUACGGCCAUGUCUCUUGGAACGGCCCGACUGGACGAUCUGAGACGUCGGUCGAGCGUCACCAGGUUGGAAAUGUCACCAGGAAACAAUAACCUCCCUGUCUUGAACGGACCAGACCGCCAAACUGGAAGGUCUUGCCGCACAAGCAGCCUGGCGCUGCCGGAGAGAUCGCUUUUGGACCUGCUGGUCAGGGAACAAACGCUGCUCCAAUCAAUGAACGUCCCUCGUCUGCCACCAUCCAAUCAGCUACCGAGACGUCAUUCAGCUCAUUGUUGCCCUUCUGAACAUAAACCUUCGAUGGUGUUAUCUCAGGCGCCUCCAGUCCCAUUACGACCACCCGCAGUCCCAGAGCGUAGCAAAGUAGGACCCCCGCCACCAAUUACCGGCGUCCGGUUUGUACCGGCCGAAGGAUCAGGACUUGCGUACGUGAAGCAAUUGCCGAUCUCGCUAACUCACCAUCAGACACACCCUCAACAGCAUCAGAAGCCACUGCAGCCUCCCAUCCCACCGCCACACAUAUCUCAUCAGGCGAAACCUCAACAAGCCAUUAAGAACAUCAGCUCACAAGUCCCCAUGAAACAAAAGCCACUAAAACCAAAGAUACUCCCAACAGUUCCACCGCAGAACCACACAAUUCAGCAACAACCGCAGGUUCAGCCAAACAAACAACAAGUUGGAACAUUUCAAAUAGAUCAGGCUCAGAAUCAUACUAAGCAAUCGGCGAGUUUCCAGACACAGAUAUCUCAAUCGUUCAAUCAAUCUCAGAUGCAGCAAAGUCUCUCACAAGCCCAAUCGCCUCAAGCUCAGAACCUUGUAAAGCAACCUUCCCAGAUGUUGAAUCAGUGUCAGACCUCACAGCCCUUAAACAGACCACAAAGCCAACAACCUGAACAGCGCAAAAAGCAACCCAGUCUUCCCGCAUUGCAACAGACUCAGAAAACCCAAACGAGCCAGAAUCAGCAUCAGCCAGUCACCGUUCCCCCAUCCAGGGCAGAUCAGCAACAGCAGCCCAGCAACAAUAACAACAAAGUUUCUGUCCGACAAGACUCAAAUGUCUCCAGCGACAGCUUUAGUCAGAACUCCUCUCCGAGCUACACGACAAAAACAAUGGAAACGCCUCUUCUUCCACACCACGGAGCCAACUCAAUGACUGCAAGCCAGAAAGUGAACAGUGCGGGGAACAAGAAGCUGCUAAAUGGGGAUGCCGGGAAUGGAGCAGCUCUUACAGGAAAUGACGUCAACAGCAACGGGAAUGCUGCUCUGACGAAAAGCAUAUCAACACCUGCAUCACUGCAGACAAUUGUCAGGUUUCAUCACGGAUCCAACAUGUCGUUGCAUCACAGGAUUAUCCGAGACAUGAGGCGUCCGUCCGCACAUUACAUCACGAGGGGGCGUCUCAAGUUCCGGUUCGUACAGGUUCUCGUCAACGCCGUAGCGCUCUUGGCUAUAGCAGGAGGCCUUGCGGCAUAUUUCAGAGCGUACCCGUCAACCGUGCGCUACGUUAACAAGACUGUCACGACGACCAGCAAAGUGCAGACCCCUUCAGAAGAUGCGAACCCAGCUCCUGGUAUCUGUCUGCCCGUGAUCGUCAGUUUCUGUCAACAUCACCGCAUCCCGUACAACUUCACAAUGUUCCCCAACUACAUGGGACACUUCACCCAACGUGACGCGCAGCAGGAGCUGGAAGUUUAUGACGCUGUGGUCGACGUUCGGUGCUACGAGUUGGCAGCUUUGUUUCUGUGCUCUGUUUUUGUGCCAAAAUGUGGCCCUACAGGACAACUUGUUAGGCCCUGCAGGAACCUUUGUUAUGAGACCAAACGCCGUUGUGGGUUCUUCUUGGAUGUAUUUGGCCUGUCAUUACCCGAGUACCUGGAUUGCCAGCUUUUCCCAGAGUCUCCAGACCCUGACGUGUGCGUCGGACACCAGGAAGUGAUCGAUGCAAAGAUCAGGGCCCAACAACCAGUAUGCAAUACAGGCUUCCAGUGUGAUACUAGACGUUGUAUUCCUGCUGACUGGCGGUGUGAUGGACAUGUUGACUGUGAGGACCAGUCAGAUGAACUCAACUGUGAGCAGUGCGCUAAAGGCAUGAUCCACUGUGGAGAGAAACAUUGCAUGGCUCGAAGCCAUAUGUGUGAUGGAGUUGAGGACUGCCCUUGGGGUCAGGAUGAAAGGAAUUGCUUGCGUCUAAGUGAGCGCAUGGGGGAUGUGGGCCGAGGAAGGCUGCAAGUGUUCCACCCCGAGGAGCAGAAUUGGCAGUCGGCAUGCAUUACACAUUGGGAUUCUGGAUCAUUUGCAAAUCACAUCUGUUCUCAAAUGGGCUACUUGUCAGCAAACAUAAGUAAGUUGAUAUGGAAAGGAGGUGAGAAGCCAUUGUUUCCAGCCAGUAGCAACUCAUCAAGCAUAUUUAAACUGUACAAAGAAAAGCAAACCACCCUGCUCAAGGAGCUGCGUGCAUGCCCUGGAGGAAACAGCUAUCCAAAUAUUGAACUCUCUUGCUCAGACUAUGUUUGCGGCAAGAGACGUCACUCAUACAACACAAGACCAUCAGCUCGCAUUGUGGGAGGUGUUGAAUCUGCUCCUGGGGACUGGCCAUUUUUGGCUGCACUGCUAGGGGGUCCUGAGGAAAUAUUCUACUGUGCAGGUGUUCUAAUUUCAGACCAGUGGGUUCUCACUGCAUCGCACUGUGUUGGAAAUCAAUCAAGUCAGUCAAAUGCUGAUGGCUGGACAAUUCAACUGGGCAUUACGCGGCGCCAUGCCCACUCAUACUUCGGACAGAAGAUGAAGGUACAACGUGUUGUACCACAUCCUAUGUACAAUAUGGGUGUCGCACAUGACAAUGAUGUAGCCCUCUUUCAGCUUAAGUCUCGCGUGGCAUUUCAUGAACACUUACUUCCUGUGUGCCUGCCACAACCAAAUCAUGAACUUGCACCUGGGACUCUCUGCACUGUGAUUGGAUGGGGUAAAAGGGAGGACAAAGACGCGUCUGAAUAUGAGCCAGCUGUGAAUGAAGUCCAAGUUCCUGUACUGAAUCGUGACUUGUGCAACGUAUGGCUGCAACAUCGCGACCUCAAUGUGACUGAAGGCAUGAUAUGUGCAGGCUAUGCUGAAGGGGGUAAAGAUGCUUGUCAGGGUGAUUCUGGAGGCCCACUACUUUGUCGUGAUCGUGACCGUUGGUUUGUUGGUGGAAUUGUAAGUUGGGGAAUCAAAUGUGCACAUCCUCAUCUACCUGGUGUGUAUGCAUAUGUUCCAAAAUACGUUCCCUGGAUCAAGCAUCAAAUGGCCCUCCAUUCAAAUGAUGACAGGGACUUACGAUCCUGAAGGACAAAUGUGGAUGCAGUAAACAGUAUGUAGAAAGCUCAGCAGUUUAUGGUUGUUCUGUCAUCUGUGACCGCUGUGCAGUGCUGUAAAACAGACGUGCCACACUACAUGGGAACAAAUGAAUGCCCUUUGAAAACACAGAUCACAUCUCUUUAAGGGAGGCAUUUAAGGAACAUUCUUCUCUAAUGCUACAAGUUAAAACAUGAAAUACAUCAAACUUGAUUCAUUUAUAUGGCACAGGUACAAUAUAUGUGGAUGCAUAACUGGAAGUAAUGAUGUAUAUAAUGUCAAUCAUAUUAAGUAGGCUUAAACAUGCUCUCCAGCAGUCCUGUUCUAAACGUAUUCUCACCCUUUGCAGUAUGCUGUUGGUAGCACUCAUUAGGAAACAGACUACUAUAUAAACAAUGAUGAAAUAAGUUCAAGAAGGUCAUUAGGAAGGCAAAUUUCCAAAUUCUGCACUUACUAGCACAGGUGUUUGUUUAAACAAUAUAUUUUAACCCUUUGCAUGUCAUAUAUUUAUUUUAUGAGACCAGACUACUUGUGUUAAGAGCACCAGAGAUGAAGAGAUCAGCAAACAGUUACCUUAACCUUUCUAUCAGUAGAUGGUAUGAAAUGUAACAUAUAAAUAUUUAAAGGAAAAAAGAGGCUUUCACAUGAUCAAACCUGCUGUUGUUUGAAGAUCAGUUGAGGAAGUGUUGUUUGCUUGAAUUUGCAUCUGUAUUUACCCCUAAGCACCAUUGUAAUAUCCAGGUGGUAAUUCUAUGAGAGAGCUUGAUAAUCUAAGGGUUAGAUUUUGACACACAUCAUGUAUUUGGGUAAUUAUUGUCUGACCAAAUGACAACCCACAUCUUUUCAGAAGAACCCAGAACCAUAUUGGCAUGUUUCUACACACUCUGUAUCAUUCCCAAUUUUCAAUAAUUGUGUUUCAGUAUUUCCCUACAUUAAGGCAAUUCCACAUGAUAAGUUACGACACAAACACUGCGAACUACUAAUUGUGGUCAUUGAAGAUUAUUAAGCCUAAUUAAAAAGUUGAGUAACAAAAUGUAAAUUAAUAAAAUUCUCCCAUGUCAGAUUCCAACAAAAUCUGUGAAUACAUGGAAAAAUCCAUUUAUGGGCAUACACAAACUAGACUAUAUUAUAUGUCAGUGUAGCUCAAGACUGGAAUUGCAGGAAAACUUGUAACCAAGGACUCUCACAACAAGUAUCAAAUAAAACCAUAAAACUGUUAAUAGGUUACAUGGAGAAGUCCAGUUAUGAUGUUUUAUAAAACGGGCUUUAUUGUGGAUUAGUAUGGCUGAAUAUCAGAAUUGUAUGACAGUUUCGUGAUGAAAGUAUCCAAGUUUGGAUCUCAACAAAAUCUGUGAAGGGUUUGUGGGAUACAUAGAAAAUCCAUUCAUAUUCUUAUGUAAACCAGGAUUUUCUUUGGAUUACACAUAUAGCCACCAAUGCUGAUGUACCUCUAACCAUAUACAUAUAUACUAUAGAUUAAUAAGGCUGAAAGUCGGAAUUACCCAACAAUUUUUGAUGGAAGUCUCCCAUGUCAAUUCUUCAGGAAACCUGUUCAGUAGUUUAAGCCCAAUACCAGGUCACAGACAGACUGACACAAUGUCCAUGUACAGUACUUUGUAAGGAAUUCAUUAUAUGUCAAAGUUAUGCAUUCCUGCAAUGAUGAACAGGAUAAUGUAGUGUUCAUUUUAUUACAUUAUAGUUUCACUAGUAAUCACUUUUCACAGAUGUGGGCAAGUAAUCCUAAGCAGCACAGCCCUUCUUCAGAAGUUAAUAGUCGCUCAGUUGUUGAGAGAAUCUCCUGCCCCUUUUCUGGAAUAUUGUAUGCCAUUCAGGCUUCUGUAGGAACUCUUAGAAAUUCUGAACUUUCAUAUGGACUACUGAACCAACUUCUGUCCUUUUGGUAUGUUAAAUGUUCUCCUGUUUAUUGUAUGAUAAGUCAAUUAGUUCCACUGAAGUGUGGCAUCCUACAAAAUGCUACUGCUAUGUAUGAUGUUGAAUAUUUUGUCAUGAUUUUAAGCUUGUGUACAUAACAUUGGAAUGCAGCUAACAUGUAGUGUGGCACUCUUUUUACGGUAUCUGUCAAUGCAAUAGAAUAUUGUUACUCCAUGGUGCAGUGCUGUACACUAGACUGUCAGUUAUCCCACCUGUUUCAGUAAUAUGCUUUACAAAAAUGUUCAGUAGGCUGUAAUUCUUAAACACUAUGUCUGAACUUUGUAUUUCAUUGUUUUAUCAAUUUUCAUACCAGCCUACAACUAAACAAAGGCUGCUUUCAUCUAUUGGAAAGAUAAUUUUUCACUGUUUAGUGACCAAUAUCACAGUUAAAUCAUUUUCAAGGUUAAGUCUACAUGAAUAAUGGAUACAGUGAAACUUUGAUUUUACAUUUCUGAUUUUACAUGCAAUUUUGUUGUUCCCAGCCAAAAAUACAUAAGAAUAAUGUCAAAUUGUAAUUAAUUUUGUUACCUCAACUGUAUAUUUUUCUAGAAUUUCCACUUUAUUAUUCAAGUCACGACUACAGAAAUUUACCCAGUUUUACAUUUACGGCAUUUAUUUCAAGGAAUUCAAAGAAACCCUGGAAUUGUUCCACACAUGUUCAAAGACUGUUUUAUAUAGCCAUUGGUUUCACUAUGAAGUUGGCUGUUUACAGUAUCUGCACAAUACUAGUCAUUGUAUGUAAAUGUGGCAGUCAAUUUAUUUUUAAUUAUUUUUGGGGAAGCACUGAAGUAUGGAUGAAAAGCAAAAAAUGAAAAGUAUUACAAUGAAUGAUCAGAUUCUUAUUAUAGAAAAUUUGAUGCACGUGUUGAAACAUGCAUACAUGAGGUGUUAGUAUAUUUUUAUUUAUUUUGCUAUUGUGUUCAAAUAUACUUAUUUUGAGUGACAUACCAUUGUCGUCUUCAGACAUGCAUACUUCAUAUAGCUUGCCAAUGUAUAGAGCAACCCACAUUUUUAUGUCACAUAUUUUCAUUUUUCCGAUCUUACAAUUUCCUCAAUUUUACUUUUGUUUUGUGUGUCCCUUUAAAGAGUGUAAAAUUGAGGUUUUGCUAUAUUUCAAGCUUUUUUGCUUAGCUGUUGUUUUAGUUAGCUGCAUUACUUUUCCCCUCUUUAACGCAGAUAAUUGAGAGUUAAUUUGCAGUUGAAAUCUACAACUCAACAGUAUUAUGGGUGAGGCAGUUAAAGGUUUUAUAGUGCAGAUGUUUCACCACAGAUUCAAUAAAUACCCCUGUACUUAAGAUUGUACCAUUUUAAAGGUCUUGUGAAUAUUUGUAGUUCUUGUAAUUGGCAUAGACUUGACAGUAUUGUUAGAAAGAUCACAAACAAAUGCCAAAAAUCAAUUCUUUGUUUUGAUAAAUGUUGUAUUUUUUCUUUCUGAACUGUGCUGAAGAGUUACCAUGUAUGAACAGUUUCAGGAUGUUGUAAAAAUAUUCAGUGAUUACAAAAGGUAAAUUCUAAUACUCUUGAAGAGAGGGAGUGGCUUUGUGCUUUGUCUGCAUAGCAUUUUUGCAUUGUUUGAUGAUGGAUGCAAACAAUUUAUAUCUACAAAUAUCUUUUGUUCUUUAACCCAGAAGGACUUUUAAAAGUCCAGACUUGUGCAAAGAUACAGAUGUUUACAAUUAAGCAGUUCAAAAGUUGGAGAGAUGAGACCAUAAUGGUGCUAUGACAAUAUAUCCAUAUCAGUGAACAUACGAUCAUUUUUACUGCAUUCUGACAAUAAAGAAGGACAUAAAUGUUAUAUAUCCAGUUUAGUACUGAUUAUGAUAACUUGCAAGUUUUAAGUACACUUGAGAAAUACUUAUUCAUCCUGUAUGAAGACUUUCAACACAGAAAUUGAAUUAUCUCAAGUUGAUGUACCAGAAUGGUGAAUAACCAUUUAGCGUUGCUGUCAGUAUUUUGGCAGUAUAAACUUGUAAGUUCCUAACUAUUUGUACUCUUCUAGCUGGUAGUUUUUGAGAAAAGAAUGAUGCUUUAAUUAGAUAAGACUCUUUCCUGGCAUGAGAGAGACCACAGGAAACCCAUUCAUCUCUCUUACUCUCAAGUAUUCAAUCAUAAGUAAGCCAUUUGCUCAAUUAGUCAAAUAGAAUGUACAUUCAUGGCUGUGGAUGGUAAAUUACCUUCUUAUAGAUAAAUGUCUUGCCCUAUAUUCUUAAUCAGUAUUUGAGUAACGGUACAGCAUUCUGCAAAUCAUCAUCUUGGAAUUAAAAUUUCUCAUGUCAACAGUGUUGAAUUUCUUCAUGAGCUACAUUGUUCUGGAACAUUAUCACAGUUAAACCGUUGCCUUCUGGUGUGAGAAAUAUACUUUGAGUGUACUUAGUUACUUAACAGUUUCAUUCAUCAGGUAUGAAAUUUAUAAAAAUGUACUCUAUAAUAUUUUAUAAAAUUAUUGAACUAUAAUAUUUUGCUGCAAUAUGGAAGCAGAGAUAUUUAUAAUGUUUCACAUGUAGAUAUUUUAAUUUAUAUGGUAUUACAGCAAUCACUUCUUGCUUUCAGUGUUAGGCUGAUAGAUCCAACGUUAUAAGAGUAAUAUAUUUUACAUAAUGUAACAUAGGCGAUGAUUCCAGGUUAAAUUGUAAAGACAAUAAGUAUAUGAAAAUAGUAUUUUAUUACAUUUUCAUUAUACAUAAUUUCUUAAAUAUUUAUUUUCUCCACAGCAUAAUAUGAAUUGUCAAGCUUUGUAGUUAUUGUGCUUGUGACAUUUGUUAAUAUGGAUGUAUCUUUAUGUUAGGUUUCUGGCGCACGGAAAUCUUGACAAUGAGUACAGGAACAAUUUCAGACAAUAUGCUGAGCAAGAACACUUUUCUCUUUACAGAUGCAAAUAUAUACUCUUAAUUUGGAUGUGUUUAUUUAUAUUGUAAUUUUCACUGUAAUACAUUUUUAAACCAAAGAAAUAUUCACAUAAUUAAUAAUGUAUCACAGGCCUGUAAAUACAGCUGUUAUGGAGAAUGCAUUGGGUACACAUAGUGUGAGAAAUCAAUAUUAUCAGAUCAUCUGUUCUCUCAGAGUUAGAUAUUUCAGAUGCAGUUUUUUUUAUUAAAAUAAGUUAAAAUAAGUUGAUGUUUACCCAGUUUGUGACACAGAAACAGUAUCUAUUAUAUGAAAUAUAUAAAACAUUGUGUAAUGUGUGAGCAUCAUUUUUAUAUGGAUGUCUGAAUUAAGUAAUGAAAGUUAAAAGGAUGAAUAACUGUAUAUACAAAAGCAUAACCUGUUGCUGUUUUCUGACAUGCUACUACCCGUUGAACGCACAAGUACUCUAUAUGAAGGGAAAUGUAGCAAAUAAGUCAUAGAAGAAAGGGAAUUCUCUUGCAUUGUGUGAUUCUGUAGAAGAUAAUCAUGUAUUUUGUUGUUAUACUCAGAUAUACACAUUAGGCUCAUAAUAAGCCCAAGAGCUUAUGUAAAUGUUGUUGUGAAGGAUGUAUAGCUGCUUCUCUUUUUGAUGCUUGUGAUUAUGUUCCUCCUCAAUCCACAGAAAAUGACAAGAGGAACAUGUGGCAAAUUUGCUCUCUUAAUACACACAUUUUUAAUGAUGUGUAAUAUUGGUUUUAUGUAUACUGUGAACACCUAUUUACUUCAUUCUUUAAUUUUCAUGGUGUGUAACUAAAGUCAGGUGCAACUGUCUCAUCUGAGAUGUGUUAGGGUGGCUGCACACCAACUGCAUCAAGACAAGCAUCGUGACUCAGACCGGUGUGCGGCGAUUUUCAUAAUCUCAUUCACUUCAA